AUGGACUGGUUUAUGACCUUGCCUCAAGGGUCCCUAGCCAAGUUCUGUGACUUCUCAUCGAAAUUCCUUAACCAUUUCUCCGCAAGAACGGUUGAUGACUUGUUUGAUAUUCGGCAGCGCGAGCGCGAAACUUUGAAGCAGUAUAUGGAGCGAUACAGUGCCGCAUCCGCGAGGUUCGAGGAACUGGAGCCACGCAUGUGCGUGUGCGCUUUCAAAAGCGGUUUGUCCCGGGGAAAGUUUAGUUGCGAAUUACGUAGGGAGUGGGCGUGCUCAAUGGCGGAAGUCCGAGCUCGAGCGGAAGGCUAUAUCCUGGAAGAAGAAACUGAAGUACACAAGAGGAAGCAAGAGAGGGCGACAAGGGUGACGCUGGCAAGAAAACGGAUACAGGGGGAGGAAGCGAGCCACGGGCAGAAGGUUAGAAAAGCUGACCGGCUUGUUAGGAAAGGCGAGGAAGGGCAACCCAGUGCGGGGAGAGAUAAUGUCGGAUGCCGGCGUUCUUGGCGAACGGCUAGAGUGGGCCGGCGAGCGAGGCCGAGAGAGCGCUCAGAUAAGGAAUUAACGAAACAACUAUUGAAAGCAGGAAUCGAAGACUUAGACAGGGAAGAUGAUCGCAACAUGGACCCAGAGUGCAAGGCGGAUGAUCAGUUCAAGUGGUGUGAAUAUCACAACUUAGAAGGCAACGACACCACCGACGGUUUUAGGCAUAAGGGUCAAAUCAGGCAGCUAAUCAGGGCGAGGCAAUCGCAGGCGACGAGGAGGAAAAAGACUGAGGGGUCUGACAGCGAGAAUGACGAAGGAAUGAUGGAAACGGCUAACGUAAUUGCUGAAGGAUGCGAGGAUGGCGACGACAUAUCAAUAGCGGGACGAAGACAAGCGGGGGAGGCAGCAUCGAUACAGGUGUACCCAGCGCAAUUUGGGUGCCCACACCCGGAUAUAGUGGUAUCAAGCGCAGAUUUUGAGGGAAUCAAGCCUCAUGCAGAUGAUCCGCUGGUAGUAAUGGUAAGAAUUAACAGUUUCAAUGUGCAGAGGGUGCUCCUGGAUCAAGGCAGCUCAGCAGAUAUAAUCUACGGGGAUGCGUUCGAACAGUUAGGGUUAACAGACAAAGAUUUGAAGCCAUACACAGGACACUUGGCAGGCUUUUCGGGAAAGCAAGUUCGGGUACGCGGCUAUGUGGAGUUGGACACAGUCUUUGGGAUAGACGAAGACGCCGAGCUUUUGAGGAUAAGAUACCUAGUCCUACAGGUUGUAGCAGCUUAUAACGUCAUCAUAGGGCGAGACACUUUGAAUCGCCUUCAAGCAGUAAUGUCUACGGCCCACCUCGCGGUGAAGUACCCACUAAUCUGCGGAAGGAUAGGGAAAAUAGAGAUAGACCAAAGGAGGGCGAUUAAAUUCCAUGAUCAUUGUCGUACCUUAUAUGGCAGGAGAGGGGCUGGCGAUGGACACAGGUCUCAUGAGAUCGGGAUAAUUGCAGGCAAACAGGAACAUCUGGUAACACGGAGCCAAAGUGACUCGGAUGGACGUUGGCGAAAGCGGAAAUGGGGCGAAGUCCAGAAGGAGUCAGGGCGAGGGAUCCCGGGAGGCGAAGAAGAGCGUGCCCGUUGCUCAAACGGAUAG